AUGUCAACUGCCAAUAUUAAAGUGCCUUUGAGGACUACCAAUCAGAUCCCUGCUUCUCCUUUGAAACCAGAGGAAAGCGAGUGCUAUCCAGGGAAUGGACCAGGCGAGAGCGCAAAUUACAGCAAUGAGAGGGGCAUCCAGUUCCCUCCGAAGGAAGUUUCAGCGCAAGAUUCCGACGACCUUCAACAGCUUGAGGAUACAGGCUUUGGUAACACCGCCGAUCAGAGCACAGGCGCUGGUCAUGGCCACAUCAUCAAUUCACCUAGAAGAAAUAUCUUUCUUAAAUUCCUUAAAAAGGGAUUUCCUCAUCAAGGCAACUCCAGUACCCAUGGCACCCCAGACUCAGCAGUUCAAGUCAUCAAAAGUACAUCGCCAAAAGCGCGCCAGCCGAAAGAGGACCUUGAUCCCAGAUCAAAGCUUCUCUUGUCCGAGAAACCAUCGUCUGAAAUUCCCAAAGCCACAAGUGAAUCCAUUUUGCGGAGACAAAACGAAUUUAACCUAGAAACGAUUAUUUGGGAUGAUUCCUCUCGAGGUCGCAGCAAUAUGGAGAGAUCCACCUUAAUUGAUCUAGAUGGAAUGAUUUCACGAUUACUACAAGUGGAAAAAUCAAGGGUUGACAAAAAAUUAUGUCUCAAGACUGAUGAAAUUCUGUCUAUUUGCUCGGCCGCCCGCAAUACGUUCCUUUCCCAGCCUGCUCUCCUGGAACUAAAUGCUCCAAUUCAAAUCGUUGGGGACAUCCACGGUCAAUAUUUAGAUCUUCUUCGAUUAUUUGAAAUGUCUGGAUUUCCUCCUGCAUCAAACUAUUUGUUCUUGGGGGACUAUGUUGACCGCGGCAAGCAAAGCUUGGAAACAAUGCUUCUGCUUCUAUGCUACAAACUCAAAUACCCCGAAAACUUUUUUUUACUCCGGGGGAACCAUGAAUGCGCCAAUGUCUCUCGAAUCUAUGGGUUUCAUGACGAGUGCAAGCGAAGAUGCAGUGUUAAAAUCUGGAAAACAUUCACCGAUGUCUUUAACUGCCUUCCAAUUGCUGCGGUUGUGGCCGAAAAGAUCUUCUGUGUGCAUGGAGGCCUUUCUCCAAAUCUCGUUGAUAUGGAUGAGAUCCGAAAUAUCGCUCGCCCCACCGAAGUGCCUGAUCAGGGUCUUCUAAAUGACCUUCUUUGGAGCGAUCCCGCAAAUAUCAAAGACUGGGCACCCAAUGAUGAUCGAGGUGUGAGCUGGUUCUUUGGAAGGAAGCCUCUUACGAAUUUCCUGAAGCGCCACGAUUUGGACUUAGUAUGCAGGUCACAUAUGGUGGUUGAAGGGGGAUAUCAAUUUUUUGGGGAGCGGGAUUUGGUUACGGUUUUUUCAGCACCAAAUGUGAGUAUCCAAAUCCGUUAUUGGCUGGCCGCGGGCAUAGGUCCUGACUCAAUCUUUCGUUCCAAGUACUGUGGCAAGUUCGACAACUGGGGAGCUAGUAUGGAGGUCUCUGCUGACCUUCGUUGCAAUUUCAAUGUGUUGAAACCAUGUGAUGGGAUUGCUUUGAAUAAGCGAACGGUGAGAAUGGGUAGGUCGAGGAAAUGGGGGAAACCUCUAUGA